GUCGUUUCUACAGUGCAACGACAACCAACGAAAUCCACCUCUGCCGUCUCGAAAACAUGACGCGUUUUCGGCCAUGUAUAGACUUGCAUGCAGGGUCUGUCAAGCAGAUCGUGGGUGGCACGUUGUCGACCAAUAAUGCAGACCUGAAGACCAACUUCACCUCUGAGCAUCCCUCAGCAUACUACGCGGACUUGUACAAGAAGCAUAAUCUUCGCGGCGGCCAUGUCAUUAUGCUGGGUCCCGGCAACGACGAGGCAGCACGUGAAGCUCUCCAGGCGUGGCCUAGCGGCUUGCAAGUCGGAGGCGGCAUCAAAGACACGAACGCGAAGCAGUGGAUAGAUGCAGGCGCAGAAAGGGUCAUCAUCACUUCAUUUUUGUUUCCUUCAGGCUCUUUCGCUCUAGACCGACUACAGUCUGUGCUCCAAGCCCUCGGGGGCGACAAGGAAAAGCUCGUGAUCGACCUCAGUUGCCGCCGUGUCGGUCAAGGCUGGAGAGUGGCCAUGGACCGAUGGCAAACCAUUACAGAAUUUGAAAUCAACCGGGACAACAUCUCACUGCUGGAGCCCUACUGUAGCGAAUUUCUAAUUCAUGCGGCCGAUGCCGAAGGCUUGCAAGCCGGCAUCGACGAAAAGCUGGUCGAGUACCUUGCAGAGAUCUGCUCCAUACCCGUUACGUAUGCUGGCGGUGGCCGGAACAUCGCAGACCUCGAGUUGGUUGAGCGCCUCAGCAAUGGUAAGGUUGAUUUGACAAUUGGGAGCGCCCUCGACAUCUUCGGUGGGAAAACUGUAACCUUCGACGAAUGCUGUCAAUGGAAUAGAGCUAGGGAUGAGGCUUGAACCUUUGUGAGCCCACGUCGCCGGGUUAUUGCUCAGUUGGGCAUGGCACCCGCGGAGUGUACGCAUACGUAACAAUUUGCAAUCCGAAAAAGGCUGUCGUAGCCUUGUUCUCAACCUCACACCAUGGUCCCAGGCAAGGACAGACGAAGGCUUAGCACUAUCUUCGGCAGCGAGGAAGCAAUCUUGGCAAGCCUCUCUUGAAAAUUCUGCAUUAGCCCG